AUGUCUGGCGAGUCAAAUUAUCAGUCAUGGACCAAAAACGGUCUCAUCCAAAAAGUCAAAGAGCUUGAAGCAGAACUCAGAAAUCGACCUGCUCCAGAAACAAAACCCGAAAAUGAGAUCCAACCCCAGAACGAAGAGGGAGAUGUGGCCAAAAAGUCAACAAAACCCAAAGGGAAGAGAAAGAUGGACCCCAGCAAGUAUUCAACACGCUACAUCGCCUUGAAACUUGCAUAUCUGGGCAAGAACUACGGUGGUUUUGAGUUCCAAGCUAUGGCGAAUGCUCCGUCUAUCGAGGAGGAGUUGUGGAAUGCUCUUACAAAAGCAUGCCUCAUCUUUCCCAACGAUGAACGUGUCGUCGACUUCGAAUGCUGCGAAUAUUCGAAAUGCGGUCGUACAGAUAAGGGUGUUAGUGCGUUUGGUCAGGUUAUUGGUCUCCGAGUGCGAAGCAACAGACCCCUGCCCAAGAAGCGAAGACGUCUGAGUGAGGCUGGCGAGGCAAUGGUGAUCGAUGAGCAAUCUGCGGAGAACGUGGAAGAAAUGGAAGAUGAGACAUCAACUUUCGACCCCAUCAAGGAUGAACUUCAAUACCCCCGUUUGCUCAACCGUGUUCUACCACCUGAUAUCCGCAUUCUCGCCUGGUGUCCCUCACCACCCCCGGAUUUCUCUGCUCGUUUCUCCUGCCGCGAGCGCCAGUACAGAUACUUUUUUACACAGCCCGCUUUUACACCAGAGCCUAGCGCUGGGGGUGCAAGGAACGGCUGGCUCGACAUUGAGGCAAUGCGAGAGGCAGCUAAGCGCUACGAAGGAGAGCAUGAUUUCCGCAACUUCUGCAAGAUCGACCCUGGCAAGCAGAUCACAAACUUUGUACGAACCAUCUACGAGACCGAUAUCGAAGAGGUUCGAGAUGUGAGCUCAGCCCUGCCGUAUCUUUCCGGGUCACAGUUUGCCCCCACCGAGGGCUUGCCUGCCGACAGCACUGUAUAUCCCAAAGUGUACUCUUUCAACGUUCGAGGUUCUGCUUUCCUAUGGCACCAGAUUCGCCAUAUGGUCGCUGUUCUUUUUCUUGCCGGCCAACGACUGGAGAAGCCUGAUAUUGUAACAACGAUGCUUGAUGUAGCAAACAACCCUUGCAAGCCCAACUAUGUGAUGGCCGAUGAAGUACCCCUUGUACUUUGGGACUGUAUCUUCCCUGGCGAAAAAGAUGCUCCUGUUGAACCAACGGCCAAGAAGACCGAUGGCCUCGACUGGGUGUAUCUGGCGGAUGAUCCAGCACUGAGCAAGCCUGGUCCAUUUGGUGUCAUGGACGGCAUGUGGGCGUACUGGCGAGAGCGCAAGCUAGAUGAGCUGCUCUCGAACCAGCUUCUGCAGCUUGUCUCGACACAGCGCAGUAAGGACCCUUCACGCCAAGUCACACGCCCUGAGCCUACCGGCAAGCAAGCGAGCAGUGUAGUCGUCUAUGAGGGCGGCAACGGUGGACGUAUGGGAGGUCGCUAUGUGCCACUGAUGAAAAAGGAUAAGCUCCAAUCCCCCGAAGAACAGAACGAACGAUAUGCAAUCAGAAAGGGAUAUGCUAGCUCAGAGGAUAUGCGAACACAGAGAGGAAUCGGCAAGCGGAAGGCAGAUGAAGCCAUGGACGAGUAG